GUACUCGCGGCACCUGGUCGACUGCAGGCGCAUCGUGGCGACGGGCGGCAAGGGCGGCGGCGGCGGCUGCCUGUACACAAACACGUGCUGCAGCGGAAGAUAGGCCCGGGCUGGCCCUGCGGGGGCGCCGGCGGCAAGGGCGGCGACGUCGUUGUCAGGGCCGCGGGCACGCACCACAGCCUCGCGCACCUCCCUGGAGCGGGGCACCUGGGCGGCCAGGCCUCACAAAGAACCGGAACGGGGAGUCUGGGCGCAACUGCGUGGUGCCCGUGCCGCGAGGCGUGCUCGUCCACGAGCUACUGCCGGCGGAAGAGGAGGAGGCCCUGGAGGAGGGCGCCCGGCGGCGCUAUGUGCGCGGCCCCCUCCUCUCGGGGCUGGACCGGCCGGGCGACGAGGUCGUGGUGGCGCGGGGCGGGCGGGGCGGCGCGGGCAACAAUAUGGCGAGGCCGCAUGAGGCGGAGAAGGGGGGCGCUGGCGAGGAGCGCCGGGUGGAGCUGGAGCUGAAGAGCAUCGCGGACGUGGGCCUUGUCGGUAUGCCCAACGCCGGCAAGUCGACGCUGCUUGGCGCUGUCAGCAGGGCAUGCCCCAAGCCUAAGAAGAGCGAAUGGCGUACACAUAAACAUUCGGAGGUCCGCGCAGUCUUUUCUUGGAACUGCGCUGGGCCUCCCUGGCGGCGCCUGCGGCGUCCCUCCUGGCAGGUUGGGUGAUCCAGCGCCGAGCAAGAAGUCCAUGGGGACAUCCGAAAGUUUUUGUUCAUGCAGUUCCUUCUUCUUCUGCCGAGAUCGCGCCCUACCCCUUCACGACCGUGGCGCCGUACGUUGGCCGGGCCGAGUUCGUCGACGGCUCCGCCCUGACAGUUGCGGACGUCCCAGGGCUGGUGGAGGACGCCCACCUGGGCUCCGGAAUGGGCCACGAGUUCCUGCGGCACCUGGAGCGGACCCGGCUGCUGUUGUACGUGGUGGACGUGGCGAGGUCCGCCGACCCGUUCGGGGACUUCUUGGCGCUUCAGC